AUGGUUUUGCUGAAUCAUCUCCAUCCUCAAGUUUCGAUAGCCGCAUCGCCGGAUUACAUUCAUCGCCGGAAAAGCCUCCACGAUGUGCUUCUGAGCAUGAGAUUAACGCGAGAUCUCUCUCUGAAACGGUCAUUGGCCUACUACUAUUCCGUAUCUCGGCAACAACAGCCUAAUUCGCCCAUCACCAUGGCCACGAAGAGCGAGAAGACUUCCACGGAGGAGAAGAAGGAUAAGGAGGAGGAGGUUUCACUCCCUCCGCCGCCGGAGAAACCAGAGCCUGGAGAUUGUUGCGGUAGUGGAUGCGUGCGAUGCGUUUGGGAUGUGUAUUACGAAGAGCUCGAAGAUUACAACAGGCUCUCUACUUCCAUUCAUGGACAAACUAAAUCCAGUUGA